GGGGAGGCAAAGGAUAGCAAGGCUGAUGUCAGCGCAAGUGCGGGUGUUUCGGUUACGGGUUGGAAAAGGGGAGCCGAUCGCUUCCAUUGGCUGCCAGGUCUCAAUUGGGCGGUGUGGUGAGUAUUGAGCGUGAGGCUCUUCUGGUGUUACGAUUCUGGAAUGAAAGGCGUAUUGAGAGGCUUGAUUUCGGGUUUUGGUCUGGGCGGCCAUGAGUUUGAUUCAUCGACAUGUGGAAGCUGUGGGCGUUGGCGUUGUCAAUCAACGUAGGCUACCAAGAUCUCAUGUGCAUGUGCUUGAUGGUGGUGAGAUACGGGUGCCCACUGGCGUUCAUGCGACUCAGGGGAAGAAAGAGGCUGAGGAAGCUGUCAACCUUGGGCUCGGGCUCUGGAUGUGUCAGUGGCUGGCGGGAAUGCGUGAUGUUGGGUUAUCUAUGUGUCUGGGGAUAUCGAGAAUGCAGAAUCAGGACGGGCUUGGAGGGGCCAAUGUUCUGGAUCGUCAGUAUCGAUUGUCUUCUUCAAAGACAUUGGCGGGGUCAGGAACGUGUCGGCCCAGCCCGUCGUCUACCCUCCGAAUCGAGAAGGAGUUUUGAGUCUUCCUGUACCAAUUCGGGUAGUCUAGAUCGUACCUGAGUCUCUUCAAGACAUUUUAAAUUAAAGUUGGC